ACAGCUCGCUUUCACAAGCUAACACGGACCAAAGUUAUCCCGGAAUAGAACAGCACGCAUGUGCUGUCAACCCGGAUGUAGAUAUUUUUCUACGCGUCCAGUCCCCAUUUUAACAAGUUAUGAUAAAGAUUCGUGAAGAAUGAACCUAGUGACCUAGCACGGGUCUGAACAAAGCCGUGUCGGACCAAACCAGUCCAAGCCGGGUUAAACCAUGGAGCAUGAGGGCUGAACGCCGCUGUCAGUCCUCAGGGAGCGCGCUGGUUUGUUUAGGAGCGGUUUGCACGGGGAGACUAACGCCUUAGCAUUAAUAGAGCACGUGUGAAUGUCAAAAGAUGGACUUUCGCAACAAAAAGCACGAGCGGGGCAGUAACUGGACAGACCCGGAGAUAGUGGAGCUGCUCCAGCUGUGGUCCGAUGACACGGUCCAGCUGGAGCUGGAGAGCUCCCUGCGCAACCAGCGCGUCUUUGACCGCAUCGCCCGUGCGCUGCAGGAGAGGGGCGUCUACCGCACCGGGGACCAGUGCAGGGAGAAGAUCAAGAAGAUGAGACUGGAGUACAGGCGCAUCAAAGACAACCACAAGACGCGCUCCUGGAAGUUCUUUGAUGUCAUUGACAGAGUGCUGACCAGCCGCCCGUCCAUCACCUACUCCUCUUUAGGCGGCACUGUCGUGGCUCAACACGUGUAUCCGAACCAGGGGGGCGCAGAGGGCUACCACACCACUGUGCCCGCCAGCUCCUUUGGGCCACCCUCCACUGGGGGCUUUCUCUUUGGUCACCCGCUCAAACAAGAUGCUCUAGACAUAAAGUGUGAGAAUGUGGAUGAGAGUGUUGUGAACUCCAGCCUGGCUCCUCCAGAGAUGUACUACGGGUCAGGAGAUGACCAGGAUGAUGUGCAGUCUGUGACCGGGCACGAGGAGGCAACAGGUCAAGAGGAGAGACCUGUAACUCCAACCAUUUCACCCUCAGGUUUAAGUGACGUGAACUCCUCGUGCUCGGCCACAGGCACCCGGGAAGGCUCCGUGUCCGAAGAGCGCCACUUCACCGAGGCUCCUUACUACACCUUAUCCAGCGUGAGGCCCAAGAAGCGAAAGGGGAACGCUAAAACCAGAAACAGCAAAACGAGCUCCGCCGCAAACCACAGAGGCCUGGACCGAGCCUUGGUGAGCUUCCUGAAGUGGCAGCAGGUAACAGAGGAGCGCUUGUUGUCUUUGGAGGAGGCGCGUUUGGAGAAGGAGCUGCAGGCGGAGGAGAGGAGGCAGCAGAGGGAGGAGCAGAGGGCGGAGAACGAGAGGCAGCACGAGCUCCGCCUCUUUAGCAUGCUCACGGGGACGCUGGGGGGCGGCCAGGCGAGGAGCGAGGCCGCAGAGGAGUCAUCGCACGAUCCAGGGAUGACAUCGAGCACAUCUGUAUCUCAGCUGCGUUCAGAGGAGAUGGUUUCUAACACUCAGAGUAAAAAGACGUCUGACAAGCCACAUGAAAGUUUAAAGAAUGUAGGUAACAGAGCACAGAGCGGGUACUUGUCCCACAGAGGGAACACUAUCCGCCAGCACCAGGGAAUUCUCCAAGAGGGAUUCCUACAGUAUGGAAUGGACAAAUAUCAUGAGACUGAAAACCCCAAUGGCAUCAUAAACCUUGGCACGAGUGAGAACAAACUAUGUUAUGACAUCCUGCUUAAGCGCCUGACCAAGCCUGAUAUGCUGCUUAUUAACCCAUCCUCACUGCAGUAUGGAGACUGGACGGGACACCGAUUUCUGAGGGAGGAGGUGGCGCGAUUCUUGACAGACUAUUGCUGUUCUCCACGCCCACUAAAGGCCGAUAAUGUGGUGGUGAUGAACGGCUGUGGUUCUCUUUUUUCGUGUGUUGCCACAGUGAUCUGUGACCCUAAAGAUGCCAUUCUCAUCCCCACUCCAUUCUACGGUGUGAUCACGGAGGACCUGGAGCUGUACGCCGGCGUUAAACUCUUUCACGUGCCUUUGGACUGUGAGGAAAAUGAAAGUGGCUGUAGACCGUUCCAUCUCACUGUUGACAAAUUGGAGGAAGGACUGAAGAGAGCAAAACAAGAAGGAAUUACAAUCCGAGGUGUGAUCCUGAUGAAUCCACACAAUCCUCUGGCUGAGAUCUACACUCACACAGAGAUAACUGCCUUCUUAGAGUUUGCCAAAAGAAAUGAACUCCAUGUCAUUGUGGAUGAGGUGUACAUGCUGACAAUCUUUGACGAAUCUGCAGUAUUUUCAAGUGUCCUUAAUCUAGAAAGUUUGCCCGACCCUCAGAGGACUCAUGUGAUGUGGGGGAUGAGUAAGGACUUUGCUAUGGCAGGCAUCCGUAUUGGGACUCUGUACACGGAGAACUCAGAGCUGGUGGAAGCUUUGGCUCAACUCGGCUCUUUCCAUGGGAUCCCUGGACCAACACAGCACCAGGUCGCACAGCUGCUGCAGGACAGAGAAUGGAUCAACAAUGAAUUCCUGCCUGAAAACAGAAGCAGGCUGAAGAGCUCUCACAGUGUGUUGACAAAGGAGCUGAGAAGUUUAGGAAUUCCGUUCUUGGACAGACCUGCAGCUUUGUUUGUGUGGGCCGACCUCAGGAAGUACCUGAGAGAGUUCACAUUUGAGGAUGAGUUUUCUUUAUGGAGAUGCUUCCUCAGACACAAAGUGGUGCUGAGCUGUGGCCAGGCCUUCUCCUGCUCCACGCCCGGAUGGUUCCGCAUUGUGUUUGCAGACCAACAGCGCCACCUAGAGCUCGGCUUGAGGCGAUUUAAAGACGCGUUGAAAGAAAUCGAAGAGACACAAGCUUGCCCCGGUUCCAGCUCCAUCAAAAGGCCCAUUGAGGAACAUGGAAAAUUAGGCAAAACAGAUAACGGCGAUUCCAACAAUUCUGCAUUUGUAAAUUCUCUACCAUCUCCCCGAUGCAAAUCACCAGACGCUUUGAGAGAGAACGGGACGCCUUUGGCCAGCGACAGACUGGACGAUCUCAUUGGUACACUGCGGAAUCAAAUGAAGGCUUCUGAUUGGCUACAGAAAAACACGCCAGAACUUACAGCUGGGGACGACCCGGAGAUUCUUGAUGGAUUUCAGGCACUGCUACAAAGAGCCAGGAAGUAAGCUAAAAAGAAGAGGAUUUACUUUUUUUUUUUUAAAUCAGAAUGUCUCUUAAAGCUGCACUAGGUAACUUUUCUUGUGAAGGCUUUGUCAUUUGCUUUUCUCCAUGGAGAUGUCAUUGAUCUGUCUAAAAUGUUUAACAGUAUGACAGUACAGUGGUCCCUUGUUUAUCGCAGCGUUACGUUCUAAAAAUAACCCGUGAUAGGUGAAAUCCGCGAAGUAGUCAACUAUAUUUUACAAUUAUUAUAUCAGUUUUAAGGCUGUAAAACUCCUCACCACACAAUUUAUACACUUUUCUCAGACAGGACACUUACAACACUUUUUGAAUCCUUCUUAAAACUUAUUGCUGCAGUCGUCCUUUUGUUAUUUUCGUCCUUUAUGUAACAAACCGAAGAUUCAUUUAUUCUGUAAUGGAGCCCUACAGCGCAGAGUCCUGCACAAGUCCAUUUUUGGAGACCCGCACCCAUGCAGUACAGCACCACACCCGCCAAUUAACCCGAGAUUAUAUCAAGCUUUUGCGCUGCCUAUGCCACGGACUGAACCAAGACUAACCCAGGACUAACCCAGGACUAACCUAGAACUGAUUCCAGGACUGAAGAGGAGGACUAAACCAGGACUGAAGCAGAACAGGACUCACUGUCGGGACGGGCUUGGAGGUGACCGCAGGAGAAACUGGUUCAGCUCCAAACCUCACGUAGGUAAACGCAGCCAUUGCCCGAUUGCGCUUUGCGGACACCCUGCUUCAGUGUUCUUUCUCUUAAGUCCAAGAUUAGUCCUGGUUUAGACCUGGUUUAGUCCUGGUUUAGUUCGGGUGUAGUCCUGGUUUAGUUCUGGUGUAGUCCUGGUUUAGUCCCGACCUGUCCAUGUGUAAUUACUACCCGCAUGCAUACCGGCUCGUAAAAUUCCAGAACGUUAAAACCCGCCCGUUUCAGCGACUAUUUGCCCGUACCCGACCUGGUGCAGGACUCUGCUACAGCCGCAUAACUUCUCCCUUCUUUCAUCGUGUCCAGAAGUCCAACUUUUUGUGCAAUGGUUACAUCUUCCUCUGUCUUUUGCGUGCGACCGCAGGAGCAUUUGUCGGUGCAGAACGUUUCAUCGACAUUGUGGGUUUUGUUGGGGAGAAAACUUGCAAACAUACAGGACUUCAGAAUCACACUGCAAGAGAUCGAACAUUUAUUUAAAUUUGGCAAAUUGAAUGCAUUCUGUACUGUACGGGAGACAUGGCUCGGAGGAGAUUGGCUGAGGGAUUGUAGACCAUUGUCAAUCAAUCAGGACGUAGAGGGUAAAUGGUAAAUGGUCACAUUUUUCUAUAGCGCUUUUCCACCUUCAAGGCACUCAAAGCACGGAUGGAGGGGUGGAACAUAAUUUGCGUCCAUACUCUAAAAAUUGCACACAAAAAAAUCUGUGAAACAGCGAGAUGGCGAAAGGUGAACCGCGAUACAGCGAGGGUCAACUGUAAACAGCUUUGUUUUACAUUUAUUCAAUUACAGGGUGUUUUAUAGCUCAAAAAUAUCUAGAAAAACAGGCGUUUGAAUGUGAGCGGGGUCGCCUCUCCACAGAUCUGACCUGUAACUCGGUCUGGUCUCCAUGAAGUUAAAAAGGUUUAAUACCACACUGUGAAACAUUCUAGACAAAGCAAUAACAUCUCCAUGAAGAACUCAGUCCACCUUUAAGUUUGCUGUUGUUUACUCUGAAAAGACUCUUGACACGAGGUCAGUUCUGAUCGCGUGGUGAAGUGAAGAGGAGGAAGAAUAACCAAAGGCGGAAAGAGAGAUAUAAAGUGACAUAAGUAGAUAAUGAGGCAAGACGGGCUGCUUUAAUGUGGGAUUUUCAAAAGCGAACUGUCAGAUGACCUUGCUAUUAUACUUUUUAAAGAGAAGGAUUUCCGUUUUAUUCACAAGUAGGGCGGCACUAUAUAAGAAAAAUCUACUUUUAUGGCUGUUGGCAGGUAUUUCAUGUUUUUGCACUUUGAAUUAAAUAACAAUUAGACAAUCUCAAUAGUCACAAUAACACAUGUUUUAUCACAUAUCCUGACAAAAUACUGUAUGUAAAUUUGAUACUUUUGUUUGUCUAUUGGCCGAUAUUUGGACUUUUUACCAUUUUGGUCUUAAAGGUGCAUUGUGUAACUUUUCUAGUGAAGUUUCCUUCAGAUGGUGGAAUCAAAAUGUCUAUAUUGUAUCGUUUAAUGUGAUGAUACAGAAUCGAUAUUGGGCACUGCUGUAUCAAUAUAUCGCCAAGAGUAUUUUUGGUAUAUUUGACUAAAUUAUUUUGUUCCAGCUACAGUUUUGUUGCUUGUUUAGAGGAAGGAAACUCAUUUAUGCAACACAUUUGACAUUUUCACUGUUUUGAUGAUUAAAAUGGGUGUGUUUCAUAUUAACUUUGCAAAGGAAGUCGUUUAACAAAAAUGUUAGUGUCACUGCCAAGAUUUAGCCUUUAUUUUUUAUUGAACUGCAUCGAAUUGAUUUGAAAUAUUUCGUAUCGAGCCGAAAGUGCACUGUAUCGAGGUAUGUAUCGUAUCGCCUACUUCUUAAUGAUACUCAGCUCGAGUCUGGAAUAUUUCACAGUGUGGCAUUAAACCUUUCUAUCUUCAUGGAGCUCAAACUAAACCAGGUUACAGGUCAGAUCUAUGGAGAGGAAACCCCGCUCACAGUCAGAAUGCCUGUUUUUAUAGGUAUUUUUGAGCUAUAAAACCACCUGUAAUUGAAUAAAUGUAAAGCAGAGUUGUUUAAAGCCAUACUGUGGGACAUCCCAAGCAUGAUAAAAUGAUAUAUCCAUAGAAACAAGCAGGUGACAGCCCCCCAACCAAAAAGUUACAUAUUGCACCUUUAAAGCUCUUGCCGAUAGGUCUGUGGUUAAAAAAAAGAGUGUUGAGGGUGAGUUUGUAGUAAAUUUAAAGUACAGAAUUUAAGGAAACUCAAAAUCGGCACCCUAUAUCGACCCUAAAAUAUCGGCCAUUUCUCUGGAUUUUAAACCGUAUUGGUCGACAUCAGCUAUGAAAAAAUCUCUACUUUUGUUGUAAAGACUUGAAAUUAUAUUGGUGGAAACUGAAACUGCCCUAGAAGUUUUUGUUUAUUUUUCAGAUUUACAGAAGACAAUGGAUUUUAUUAUUCUUAUUACAUUUGUUUACCUUGUCCACACUGCUUUUUUUAAAUUAAAUUAACCAGUGAAAUGUGUUUUAUAUUGUGCUGCCCUACCUUCAAGUGCUAACAUUACCAAAUGGAAAAACUUGACCAAAAUUGUAUUAAAACUAUUUUGUAUCAUACGCCUUGUGCCAUGACGCACUUUAUCGUUUUGCAUUUUGUUCCUCGGAUUUGUUUUGUCCAUGAAAUCUCAAAAUACAGUCGCAUUCAUGAGA